AAAAAAUGUAACGUGAAUUUCCUUAUGAUUUUAACCACUACCUUCCCUUCCUUCUUACGGUAAAACCUCACAGGGAGGGGAAAAAGUUACCGUUCACGCGAAUGCAUGUUUUAAGUAGCCCGUGAGGGAAAUUUAGAACAUCCAUCUUCCCAUUUUCUUGUUAUUCAUUCAGUCAAUUUGUCGAACAGUUUCUAUGCAAAUUUUCUGGAAGCAAAUACAGCAUGGAGAAUGUUCCCAACAGUGAAUUUAUUGAUGCGCUACAAUUACAGCUGGAAUUUCUCCGGAAAAGAAUUCAGGAAUUAGAGACUGAGAAUGCCAAGUUCUCUGCUCUGCUCUCAAAUUGCCGCUGCCAAAAGAUGGAAGAAAGUUCUAGUGCUCAAGUUUUAGAUAGUGGUCAUUUGGUAGAAGUAACGGAGAACCUAAAAUUAGAUGGUAAUGAUGAGAUAACUGUGAACCCAUCAAAGCAGACGCUUCCAGGUUGCAGUACAAAGACCUUGCAUCACUUCCCAAAGCGAUAUGUUGCUCUAAAAGUAAUGUAUUUUGGUCAGAGGUGAAUAUUGUGAAGAUAGCUAUCAUUUUUAUUU